AUGUAUAGGCCAGAGCAGGGCACGGACGUAUUUAGCCAGAUUAAACGGCCAGCAUUCCCCGGAGCACGGUUAGCGAUUUUCGUUGCAGCGAGACCGGUCUGGUUUCUCGCCCCUCUUUUCCGUCGUGUUCUUCAUCUCGCUCUUCUACUCCUUGUUCCAGGAUAUGGAUCGAUACAACGCCCGGAUCAUUUUGACCGUUUGAAGAUCGGAUUUCGCUUCCGUUCAUAUGAUCCAUGGAUGGAGACGCUGCCCAAUAAAUUUCGGGGGCCCCGAAUCACAUCUGGGGUACAUCGGGUGGCUGUUGGACUAUUCUUAGUAGCAAGUCCAUAUACUUCACUUUACCACACGUUCAACGAAAUGAAGUCGCCGCUGGACGAAGGGCAGGUCAACGGGCGGCACGUGAGUGAACUUUGGCAAUCUGAGGACAACGUGAAAAUGGAGAAGUGGAAGAGCCUGAGGGAAAUGUAUAACUGCCUGAAACUUUCCCAAGCUCACUCCAAAGGAAUAUUGGAUGACUAUAUGCUUUCUUCUGCGCUCUUUGAGCAGUAUUCUAUCAGAAUGGCAAUGCUUGAAUUGACGCACCACUUACAGUACAAAUCUCAACCACUGCCACGCUUUUUAAAUGAGCGAACGUUGAAUGAACCUCCACUUCUCGCACUAAGUUGUUUGAUGCACCCCGAUAUGACAAAUCUCAAAUUGGAGAAACACCAGCAUGAUAUCGCUAAUUCACUCCGCCUUAUUCUAGUGGAGUGCCACCUUUCCGUUGCUGUGAGCGGGGCGCAUUUUUUCGAUUCCAGAACUGAAUAUGUGUUCAGGGACAUGAUUAGGAAAUCUAUUUCCAUACUCAAGAAGUUACCUCCAGUUCGGAACUUAAGGGCGGAUGGUAUAGUGAAUGAUGCAGUGGGCUUUGGUUUGGCAACCUUGCGCCAUAUACAGUUCUUCAUGAUAAUGUGCGCUCUUUCUCAACCGCUCUUUCUUCCCGCUGGUCAAUCUUACCACCUUAUGCAAGUAGAUCCGAAGCCGCCUCAUUAUGGGAUCCCUAUCAUGGGGAGCCAAACGUGUGUAUUUGGCAACCACGCCUUAGAGAAACAGGCCCUGAGUGGUCCUUGGAAACCUAUAGCUAGAGCCCUGUUUCUAAGCUGUAGAAAUCAGCGCUGGGAAACAAAUCAUUCGGGAAAGAACAAGUUAGUGGAUUUUAGAAGGGCCUAUGGAGAAGUUAGCUCAACAAAAUUAUUAACGUUAGAUCUUUACCCACAUACCAAUGAGAGACAAACUAGUGAUCUCGUCCAUGGUUGCCAAGGAGCGGAAAAGGUCAAUAUGUGCACAAUGGUCGCCAUGCUAGGUAGACUGCAACAAAAGUCUAGUGGAGUGUCCGAGUAUUUUGAUUAUAGAGCGCUCGAUAUCUCGAGGGAUUAUCUUACAACUUUAGUGGCGGGGUUAGAGUCUGUGGAUAAAGAGACCGUUGCAGUUGACGAGAAAGUUGCGCCUACGGUGGCAUGGAACUCCAUAUGUACACCACGAGUCUGGUGUGUGAGAGAAGCCAUAUAUCAUCGUAGUUCUUUCAUGAAGGACAGAGAAAUACACUCAUCAUGCGAAGGGAAUGCGCCUUCCACUCCUGCCCACCAAAUCAAGCCCAUCGAUGCCUCAUGGCAUGGAGGCUUCAUUUAUAAUUCGACAUACGAGGAAACAGAUUGUUUCCCGUACGCCCCAAUGGCUGGGUCGGAUCUAAAAUUCAAGAUACCACCACUCAUAUCUACCGUCGGCAUCGAAGCGUCCAAUUUCGAGGAAACUCAUUCCUUAUUCCCUCACUAG